CUGGUGCAUAAGUGAAAGUGAUAACAGACCCGUCUGAGCAGUCUGAAAGCUCACAUGAAGCAGGAAAACGUCUCUUUAAAACAAAUUCUGAAUUUAGUUACUGCAUAGAGAAUAAACUCCAGGAGUUCUGCUUAAGAGAAGAAGGAAGGGUUAAAAAGGAGAAGGGAAAAGGACACGGCUGAAUCUUUAUCAUCACAACUAAGACCAGGCAGAAGGAAGAACAUGAAUAAAUCUAUUAACUUUGCAGGUGAAUCCAGCAGCCUGUCUGAAGAGCAGUUACAGUGUUCUAUCUGUCUGGAAGUGUUCACUGAUCCUGUCACUACUGUAUGUGGACACAGCUUCUGCAAGAGCUGCCUCACACAAAGCUGGGCAAAGAGUCUACAUUAUUAUUGUCCAUUCUGCAAAGAGAAUUUCACCAAGAGACCUGAACUGAAGAUUAAUAUAACACUGAGAGAGGUUGCAGAUCACUUCAAGAAGAAAAUGAGUCAGCUGGGAAAAACUCAGACGGAGGUGCAGCAGAUGAUCCAGGAGCGACUGAAGAAGAUCCAGGAGAUUAAUCACUCAGUAGAGCUCAGCAAAAGAAACACAGAGAAAGAGAAAUCGGACAGUGUUGAAGUCUUCACCACUCUGAUUCGCUCCAUUGAGAGGAGUCAGGCUGAGCUGCUGAAGGUGAUGGAGGAGAAGCAGAAAGCAGCAGAGAAGCAGGCUGAAGGACUCGUUAAAGAGCUGAAACAGGAAAUCAAUGAGCUAAAGAGGAGAGACACUGAGCUGGAGCAGCUCUCACACACUGACGAUCAUCUCCACCUCCUACAGAUUUAUCUGUCACUGUGCAGCUCUCCACACACCAAGAACUGGACUGAGAUCAGGAUUAACACUGAACCGAACAUGGACGCUGUGAAGACAACUCUGUCUCAGCUUCAGAAAACUCUGAAUGAGAAACUCAGUAGAACGCUGAAUGAGAAGCUGAAGGAAAUGGUCUCCACAGAACUGAAGAGGAUUCAGCAGUAUGCAGUGGAUGUGACUCUGGAUCCUGAUACAGCUUCUCCCUAUCUCAUCCUGUCUGAUGAUGGAAAACAAGUGACACAUGGAAACACAUGGCAGAAUCUCCCAGACACCCCGAAAAGAUUCACUAAUUAUGCAAUGGUCGUGGCAAAGCAGGGUUUCUCCUCAGGGAGGUUUUACUAUGAGGUGCAGGUCAGCGGGAAGACUGAUUGGGAUUUAGGAGUGGUCAGAGAAUCUGUUAACAGGAAGGGGAAGAUUGAGAAAUGUGACCCUCAGCAUGGAUUCUGGACUGUGGUUCUGAGGAAUGGGAAUCAGUAUACUGCUUGUGAUGAUCCCCGUAUCUCCCUCUACCUGAGAACGAAACCCCAGAAGGUGGGAGUGUUUGUGGAUUAUGAGGAGGGUCUGGUCUCCUUUUAUGAUGUUGAAGCCAGGUCUCAUAUCUACUCUUUCACUGGUCAGUCUUUCACUGAGAAACUCUAUCCGUACUUCAGUCCUUGUGCAAAUGAUGGAGGUGAAAACUCAGCACCACUGAUCAUCUCUCAUGUGUAAAUUUUCACUUCACAAAAUCAGUAGUGUAUGAAAGGUCCAGAGUGAAAGAUAUUGUUUUAAAAAUCCUUUUUCUCAUGUUUGUCUUGGAAAACACAUAUCACUACAUGAGUAAUGAUCAUAAAUGUUAAUAUCCCUUUAGGGUUAUGUGGAGAAUAUUGUGCAUGUCUAUUAAAAAGGGAAAAAAGUGUAUAAUAAACCAAGAGUUUAGAGUUAAUAAACCUUUUCGGUAGAGAAAUAAUUUCAUUUGUAACAAUUAUUUUCUCUUUUCUCACUAUGAAGAAGUAAAUUUGAACUUGAAGUAUGUAUCCCAACAUUAUCCUCCAGGGAGAAUAUACUGUGUGUGUGUUUGCAUUUAUAUUUCUAUAUAGUUGUGAGGAAGCAUUGUGCGCAUGUUCUUUGCCUCAUUUGCAUGAAAGGAGACACAAUCAUAGCCUUCUGAAUCUGCCAGACCAGUUGAUUAUUCUUCUCAGUUAAUUGCUAAGUGUCUUAAAUGAUUUUAUUAUUCAUACUUGAAAAGAAACAUGUAGAAAUUUAACAGAGUUUGAGUACACCAUUUCUAACACCAGCUAGUUAGACCGAGUUAGCACAAGCUAGCUAGAUAGCUAAGAACAGCCACACAAUACUGACACUCCUCCUGCUUGAAUUCUGGUAUGCGUGUUUUUUUUCUUUUAAAUAAAUGGAGUUGAUGUAAUUUAGUUGGUAAUUAGAUUAGCUAGCUAAUUCUUGUCUUUUCUGUUCAAGGGUAACAAGACCAAACCUAGAUUACUUAAAACCAGCCAGAUACUAGCGAGCUAAUUUAGCUAGAGCUACCAUUCUUGUUUAGCUAACAGGAAAAUUUUAUUAGUGGAUUCUGAUAACCAAACCUUAUAUUAUAUUAUCUUAUCUAUUAUCUUAUAUGAAAUUACAUUUUUUUUUAAAGAAUUGGCUAGUCAACAUAUUUGACCUGUUGUCUUUUCAGCCAGUUGUUUUAUAUGUCAAUGUUCUGUUAUCUCUUUCCUCCGUUUUUGGUUUUUCGAUAUAACGCAGCAUUUGUCUUGUUUAACUGUGUAAUUGUGGUGUGUGUAACACUUUAGAGUGUGCUUUACACUGUAUAAAUUUAAGGUAUUUUCUGAUUUACUGUUGAUUCUUGUCAUCACUUAAAUAUGAAUAAAAAUCUUUUACACAGUUCGUAAAGUCUCUGCUGCUGUUUAUUGGAUAAUUUAACUACAGUCCCUGGAUUUUGCUAGAGGGAACUUCUCAGAGUUUUUAUGGAGAUUUCAAGAGAAAUAUAGAUGAACAACACGGGAAAUAGACAAACAACAAGAGAAACAGAGAAACAACAAAGGACAACAACGGCAUUGUAGGAGUAAUAAUAUUAUCUCAAUAAAUUGCCAGAACUGUCUCAAAUGAUUUACUUGUAAAGUGUGACCAAAUGCACAAACAGAUUAAUUUGAUCAGCGGUUCUCAAACACACUUCUGAAGUGUGAAUUUCCCUCUGGAAUUAAUAAACUAUCUAUCUGUCUAGCCAGGGACCAUUUUAACUGUAAAAUAAAUUUUCCAACCGUAAUCUAACCACUCCAAUAUUAGGCUCAUUAUUUUAAUGUGUACAGUGUUAUUGAGAUUUGGAUUAAAAUCAAACAGAUGAAUAACUAUUAGAACUUAAUCAUAAAUAUAUCUUUGAUAAUUGUGGGUUGUGACGGCCAGAACAGUAAACUCCUGUAGACUAAUGAAGAUUGUACACACACAUUUUCCUGAGUUUGACUCUCUACAAAUGUUUUACAAAACUCCACACACACCCCAAAAGUUACAUACUGCAGUUUUAAUGAUGAACUGAAAAGCGCCGUAAAGAGGAGAAGCAAAAGCAAUUGAGUAAAGUGACUGAAACCCACAUACGAAGUCAAUCACCUGAAGAACCUGCCAGUAAUAAAGUAAUCAGCGCAUUUAUAAGCGUCAUCA